AUGGAUGGGAUAAAAAUAAAUUUCACGGUGACUGAAUUUGUGUUCCUGGGGCUCUCCUCUGAGCCCAGACUGCAGCUCAUCCUUUUCGUUUUGUUCUUGCUCUUCUAUUUGUUAACGGUGGCUGGGAAUGUUGUCAUCAUCACUAUUAUCCAGAUAGAACCUCAUCUCCAAACACCCAUGUACUUCUUCCUCACCAAUUUGUCCUUUCUGGACAUUUGCUACACAUCCACCAACGUUCCACAAAUGUUGUCCAACAUGGUCGGGAGAAAGAAGACCAUCCCCUUCUCCAGCUGUGCUACGCAGAUGUACUUCUCCCUCUCCUUUGGGAUGAUUGAAUGUGUUCUGCUUGGAGUCAUGGCUUAUGACAGAUAUGUAGCCAUUUGUCACCCUCUUCAUUAUACUGUUAUCAUGGACCGAAACACCUGUAUCCAGCUGGCAGCUGUUUCUUGGUGCUGCAGCUUCCUGAGUUCCAUGGUUAUCAAUGUCCUCACUUUGAGUUUGCCCUACUGUGGACCCAAUGUCUUGAAUCAUUUUUUCUGCGAGGUGCCUUCUGUUCUGAGGCUGGCUUGCUUUGACACUUCACUCACUGAGUUGGUGGUUUUUGUCUUCAGCAUCAUCAUUGUCUUCAUCCCUUUCCUUCUUAUUGUUGUGUCCUAUGCCCAUAUCCUUUUGUCUGUUCUCAGAAUGCGGUCAACUUCUGGCAGGUACAAAGCACUGUCCACCUGUGCCUCUCACCUGACAGUGGUAGCCUUAUUCUACGGAACUGCCAUCUUCAUGUACAUGAGACCCCAGUCAAAGUCUUCCCGGGCUGGGGGCAAGGUUAUUGCAGUCUUCUACACUGUGAUCACACCCAUGCUCAACCCCUUGAUCUACAGCCUACGAAAUCAGGAUGUGAAAGGAGCAUUGAGGAGAGUUGUUGCAAAACAGAGGACGUGA